UCAUCUCUGUCAUCUCAGGCACUUCGCUCUUUUUGAUCACAGACUUCUGCGAUUUUUUUUCUCUCGCUGAAAAUCCCUUGGAGUUUUCUUACUUACUUGGGUAAAGUUGCCCACACUGAGUGUUUUCCUCCACAUUGGAUCACUGCUUCAAGUUUUGGACGCUGAGGAUUAAUUUCCCCCUCAUGUUCAAAGAAAUUCCCUGAUUUUUGCUGGAAGAUGUUGUUUCUCAUGCAGACGUGUAGUGAAUCACUCUGAAGGUUCAGGAUGAGAAAAUGGCACAUAUGUUUACUCCACCAGGACCUAAAAGUUUCCGUAAGUUCACCCGUGAAUCUCUUAAGGCCAUCGAGAGCCGGAUCGCUGAGGAGAACAAGAAGUCCAAGGACAAGCGGGAAAGAAUUAAAGACGAUGAAUGUGGGAGGAAACCCAACAGCGGCCUGGAGGCCGGUAAAAGUCUGCCCUUCAUAUAUGGAGAUAUUCCCAGAGGAAUGGUGUCCACACCACUGGAGGACCUGGACCAGUUCUACAUCAAUCAGGCAACUUUUAUAGUAGUGAACAAAAAAAAGACAAUCAGCCGUUUCAACGCCGCUCCUGCCUUGUACAUCUUCAGCCCCUUCAACCCUCUGAGGAGAAUAUCAAUUAAGGUUUUGGUACAUUCAUUGUUCAGUAUGGUUAUAAUGUUCACUAUACUGGCCAACUGCGCUUUCAUGGUCUACACACAAACUCCAGACUGGGCCAAGAAUGUAGAAUAUGCCUUCACUGGGAUAUACACCUUUGAAGCGCUCAUAAAGAUCGUCGCCAGGGGAUUCUGUGUGGGACAGUUUACUUUCCUCAGAGACCCGUGGAACUGGUUGGAUUUUAUUGUUAUUGUCAUGGCAUAUGUAACUGAGUUUGUGGAUCUGGGUAAUGUGUCCGCCCUGCGAGCGUUCAGAGUUCUUCGAGCCCUGAAAACUAUAUCGGUCAUCCCAGGCUUGAAAACAAUCGUUGGAGCUCUGAUCCAGUCGGUGAAGAAGCUGUCAGAUGUGAUGAUCUUGACCCUUUUUUGCCUAAGCGUCUUUGCUUUGGUCGGACUGCAGCUGUUCAUGGGAGUUCUUAAACAGAAAUGUGUGUUCAAUUCUUCUAUUAUUCCUUUGAAGGCAGAGGACUGUUACAGCUCAGACAGCUGCAUGGAAUACAUUAACAAUCGUAGUAACCAUUAUGUCCCACAAGGAAAGAAAGACGCUCUGAUCUGUGGGAGAAGCAGUGAUGCUGGGCAUUGUCCAGAAGGAUUUGUCUGUAUAAAAGCAAGUCCUAAUCCAGAUUAUGGAUACACAAGUUUUGAUUCCUUUGGCUGGGCCUUCCUUUCCUUAUUCAGACUGAUGACUCAAGACUACUGGGAGAAUCUUUACCAACAGACUCUUCGAGCCGCAGGAAAAACCUACAUGAUUUUUUUCGUGUUGGUUAUUUUCUUGGGUUCCUUCUACCUGGUGAACCUGAUCCUGGCUGUGGUAGCCAUGGCAUAUGACGAACAAAACCAAGCCGCUAUUGAUGAGACUUUAAAGAAAGAAGAGGAGUUUAACGCCAUGCUUGAGCAGAUCAUGAGACAGGAAGAUGAAGCUCAGGCUGCCGCUGAAGCGUCCAAGUUAGAGGGGCUCAGUGGAGAAAAAACGGACAGUUCCUCGGACGCCUCCAAACUCAGCUCCAAAAGUGCCAAAGAACGACGCAACCGCAGGAAAAAGAGACAGCGUCAGGGGGAUGGAGGGAAAGAGGAGGAUUCGAGGAGGGAGGGAAAUGAUAGAAAGGCCAGCUUCCGUAUUACAGCCGAUGGAAAUAUACGGCGCUCACGUGAAAGGACUUACACAUCUCCACAUCAGUCCCCCCUGAGUUUUCAGGGUUCAAUCCUCACCCCACGCCGGGGCAGCAAAGGUAGCAUCUUCAGCUUCCGCGGGCGCGUGCAUUCCGAAAACAACUACGCCGACGAUGAGCAAAGCAUCAUUGAAGAGACGGGCAGCCGGAGAGACUCUCUGUUUCUACCCUCUCGAUCCGAGCGUCUUUACAGCACUCUUAGCAAAAGCAGUCUGACGCCACGUAUAUUGUUGCCGUCUAACGGAAAAGCGCGGUAUGUGGUCGACAGCAAUGGCAUGGUGAUGGUGUCGGGCGGAGCCUCUUCACCCAACUCACCCUCCGGAAUACUGACGCCCGAAGUGUCCAGAAAAAAAGCCACGUUUGACGAAAGUUGUUUUGACACAGAUGAAGAACACAGACACCGAAGUGAUUCACAGCGCUUUUCAGUGGCUUUUCGACAUGACCAAUCAGCGAGACAGAGAGCUUUGAGUGUGGCAAGUGCCAGCAACAACCCUGACUCGUUGGAGGUUUGGAAACAGAGGUGUAUGGACUGGUGGCUCGAGUUUGCAGAGAAUUAUCUGAUUUGGGAUUGCAGUCCCACAUGGCUGAGGAUAAAGAAUAUCGUCCACAUGGUUGUAAUGGACCCCUUUGCUGAUCUGUUUAUCACCAUUUGCAUUGUGAUAAACACAAUAUUCAUGGCCAUGGAGUGUCACCCCAUGGACACGGCUUAUUCUAAUAUGCUUACAACUGGCAACAUGGUUUUCAUAGGCAUCUUUACUGCAGAAAUGAUAUUCAAGAUAAUUGCCUUGGACCCAUACACUUACUUUCAGGAAGGCUGGAAUAUCUUCGACAGCAUCAUAGUCACACUGAGUCUUCUGGAACUUUGUUUGACAAACGUGUUGUCUGGAAAGGGUUUUCUUAGGCCAUUCCGACUGCUGAGGGUCUUCAAACUAGCCAAGUCCUGGCCAACUCUGAACAUGCUAAUCAAGAUCAUUGGCAACUCACUGGGCGCCUUGAGCAACCUGACGCUUGUGCUAGCCAUCAUCGUCUUCAUCUUCGCUGUGGUGGGCACGCAACUGUUCGGGAAGAGCUACAGAGACUGUGUUUGUAAGAUUUCUGAGGAUUGCACGCUUCCUCGCUGGCACAUGAACGAUUUCUUCCACUCGUUCCUGAUCGUCUUCAGGGUGUUGUGCGGGGAGUGGAUCGAGACCAUGUGGGACUGCAUGCAAGUGGCGGGACAGCCUUUGUGCUUAAUUGUGUUCAUGAUGGUCAUGGUGAUCGGAAAUCUGGUGGUUCUGAACCUGUUCCUCGCUCUGCUGCUCAGUUCCUUCAGUGCCGAAAAUCUCACGGCCAAUGACGAGGAGAUCGAAAAGAACAACUUGCAGAUAGCGGUUGGUCGAAUCAAGAGAGGCUUCGCUUUUGUUAAGGCCUGCCUGCAGAGUUUCUUCCGGAGUGGCUGUAUAAGGAGGAAGAAGCAGAAAAAGAAAACUCAAGAUGGGAACAUGGUCACAAUAAACUGCAAGGGAAUAAAUGAUAACUCCAACCACACCACACUAGAGCUGGUUAAAAGCACUGGAGGAACGGACGUGGAUAGUGACAGUGAGAAUAUUAUAAGCAACCCGAGCUUGACCAUCAGUGUCCCAAUGGCCGCUGAGGAGUCUGAUUUUGAGUGCCUCAACACUGAGGAUUUCAGCAGUCUUUCUUCAGACCUAGAGGAGAAGCUGUCUGACGUGGCUCCCAGCUCCUCAGAGGGCAGCACGGUGGACCUCAGACACUUGGGUAAAGAAGGAGAUGAUGCUUUGGACUUUGAACUUGAGGAAUCUACAGAUCCAGAAGCUUGUUUCACAGCAGGGUGCGUGCGUAAGUUCCCGUGCUGCCAGGUGGAUACUGAAAAGGGCAUAUGGAAGAAAUGGUGGCAGCUGAGACAGACGUGCUAUAACAUAGUGGAGCACAGCUGGUUUGAGACCUUCAUCGUCUUCAUGAUUCUGCUUAGCAGUGGCGCUCUGGCUUUUGAGGACAUUUACCUUGAGACAAGGAAAAAUGUAAAAACCAUACUGGAAUUUGCUGAUAAAGUUUUCACCUACAUCUUCAUUCUUGAGAUGCUGCUGAAAUGGGUCGCAUAUGGAUUUGCCAAAUACUUCACCAAUCUCUGGUGCUGGCUGGAUUUUAUUAUUGUUGAUGUCUCUCUGAUCAGCCUGGUGGCCAACGCCCUGAACUAUUCAGAGCUGGGCGCCAUCAAAACUCUCCGAACGCUGAGAGCCUUCCGACCUCUCCGAGCUCUCUCGCGCUUCGAGGGAAUGAGGGUGGUUGUGAACGCUCUUCUUGGUGCCAUCCCCUCCAUCAUGAACGUUCUGCUGGUCUGUCUCAUCUUCUGGCUCAUUUUUAGCAUUGUGGGUGUCAACUUCUUUGCUGGAAGGUUUAAUGAAUGUGUAAAUAUUACCUCGGACAAGCGCAUGUCUACCGCAGAUGUCUAUAACAAGUCAGAAUGUAUCAAUAUGGGCAAGAAUGUAACCCGCUGGAAACCUUCAAAGAUCAACUUUGACAAUGUGGGGAAUGGAUACCUGGCCCUGCUACAAGUGGCCACCUUUAAAGGGUGGAUGCCCAUUAUGUAUGCAGCGGUAGACUCGCGCGGUGUAGAGGAGCAGCCAGAGUAUGAGGUGAAUCUGUAUAUGUACCUCUAUUUUGUCAUCUUCAUCAUCUUUGGAGCUUUUUUCACAUUAAAUCUCUUCAUUGGCGUCAUCAUUGACAACUUCAACCAGCAGAAGAAAAAGUUUGGGGGUCAGGAUAUUUUCAUGACAGAAGAGCAGAAGAAAUAUUACAACGCAAUGAAGAAGCUCGGCUCAAAGAAACCUCAAAAACCCAUUCCAAGGCCAAAAAACAAAAUUCAAGGAUUCAUCUUUGACCUUGUAGCCAAUCAGGCCUUUGACAUUUUCAUUAUGGUCCUUAUUUGGCUCAACAUGGUCACUAUGAUGGUGGAGACGGAAGAUCAGUCCCCAGAAAUGGGCAAUGUGCUGUACUAUAUCAAUCUUGCCUUCAUUGUGCUCUUCACUGGUGAAUGUGUGCUAAAGAUGAUCUCGCUACGACAUUACUUCUUCAUAGUUGGCUGGAACGUAUUCGACUUUGUCGUCAUCAUCCUGUCUAUAGUUGGCAUGUUCCUGGCAGAAGUCAUUAAGAAGUACUUUUUCUCACCGACCUUGUUUCGUGUCAUUCGCCUCGCCCGGAUUGGCCGCGUACUACGUCUUAUCCGAGGCGCCAAGGGAAUACGGACCCUUCUGUUUGCGUUAAUGAUGUCACUUCCUGCCCUUUUCAACAUCGGACUUCUGCUCUUCCUUGUCAUGUUCAUCUAUGCCAUCUUCGGCAUGUCCAAUUUUGCCUAUGUCAAAAAAUCAGGCGGCAUCGAUGACAUGUUCAACUUUGAGACGUUUGGCAACAGCAUGUUGUGUUUGUUUCAGAUCACCACCUCGGGAGGUUGGGACGGCCUUCUGGCACCCAUGCUAAAUAGCAAAGAACCAGACUGCAAUCCGGAGAAAAAAGACUGCGGGAACCCAUCCAUCGGCAUUUUUUUCUUCGUCAGCUACAUCAUUAUAUGCUUCCUGAUCGUGGUGAACAUGUACAUCGCCGUCAUCCUGGAGAACUUCAGCGUGGCCACCGAAGAGAGCGCCGAGCCUUUGAGCGAAGACGACUUUGACAGGUUUUACGAGGUUUGGGAGAAGUUUGACCCGAAAGCCACGCAGUUCAUGGAGUACGGCAAGUUGUCAGACUUCGCAAAUUCGCUGGAUCCUCCUUUGCGAAUACCCAAACCCAACCGACUGCAGCUAAUGUCAAUGGAUUUGCCGAUGGUGAGCGGCGAUCGCAUCCACUGUCUGGAUAUCUUGUUCGCUUUCACCAAGCGCGUUCUUGGGGAAGGAGGCGAGAUGGACAUGCUCCAUGGACAAAUGGAAGAACGAUUCAUGGCCUCCAACCCAUCCAAGUCCUCAUACGAGCCUAUAACCACAACUCUGCGCAGGAAGCACGAAGAUAUGUCUGCUGCAGUCAUUCAGAGAGCCUUCAGGAGCCACAUGGUCCGACAUAGUAUGAAGAAAGUUCGUAAUAUCCACAGAGGGACUAAGCAGCAAAACGGAAAGGUGUCGAGUAAAGAGUCUGUGGACAAAGACAAGUGCAACAGUACCACCGCUUCAGAGGACUCUGAUGCAACGCCCGCCACAUCCUCUCCGCCAUCGUAUGAUAGUCUGACGCAGAAUGUUAAAAACAAAUACCAAAAGGACAAGCAUGAAAAGGAAGUGGAGGACAAAGGUAACCGAGUGAAGAAGUAGAGUAGAUACCUGUUCAUUUUCUUUGACACAAACAAUUGUUUACAACUUCAAGUUAUUUGUCAGGGUCAGGUGACCUUGUCUCUUUGAUGUGGAUGUCUAUGCCAUACUGCCUGAGCAUACUUGAACAUUGUGCCUAUUCUGGAGCUGUGAUUAACAAUAGUUAGGCAGUGAAGCUGCUACCCCUAACCUGUUUCACUGGCUAAAAUGGCGAUGGACCAAAUGUUGUUGAAAUGUCUGUUUUGUCUCAUGUCAUGAUCUGAUACGUUUAGUUUGACUGUGCGGUCUUCAGCAGCUUUGUGCUUCACCCAGUGUCUUUCAUUUAAAGGUGAGGUGUGUUAUUUCUGUCCCACACACGGCACCAAACCUUAAUGUCAAAACCUAAAAAAAGUCUGAUAUAUAUGAAGAGUUCAGAUGCAAAAGCUCCGCCACCUCCGUCAAAAAUUAGAUAAUGAUAUUGAGCCGAUGCUCUCUGCACAUGUUCAUCAAAUACUUUCGCUUCAAAUACUCUAAAUCCCAGUGUCAGUCCAUUCAGAAAUACUGGUCCACAGAAGAACCAAUCGGAAGAUGCGAUUCAAAUCAGAUGAUUUUUGACGUUGUACGUAUGAGCAGGCUUUUAAUUGCUGAGCUGCAAGUUUUUAUCAUGUUUUGUCCAUCGUUACAGUGGAAAUGACAGGACUUAAACACAACAGUGAUCCUUUUGCUGCUGUAAAACUGACAGAAAUGGAUGUUUUACUAUGUCUUGUUGUCCAAAAAGCUGGACGUAGAGGUUUUUCCAAAAAAAAAAAAGCACACAUGAACAGCUGGGUUUGCAGCAAAAGACAGUCAAAUUUGUUAAAUACCAGUAAAUUGACAAAAGUGACAUUUUUAAGAACAAGAAAUUUCAAUAACUGACUAAUAAUGCUUUAAUUGCCAUUAAAGUGAAAUUACUGAACCUAAACAGAGGAGCCUAGUAAAAAAAAAUUCUCAUUUAAAAGAAAACAUGUCAGACGGACUUAAAGGUUUUUGCAUCGAAACUCUUCAUAAUAUGUAUAUCAACAUUGAUAAUAAUAAGAAAUGUUUCUCGAGGAUCAAAUCAGCAUGUUAGAAUGAUUUCUGAAGGAUCAUGUGACACUAAAAACUGAAGUAAUGAUGCUGAAAAUUCAGCUUUACCACAACAGGAAUAAAUUACAUUUUAAAACAAAAUAAUAUAGAAAACAGUUGUAAUAAUAUUUAAUUAUUUUUACAGUAGUUAUAUCAAAUAAAUGCAGACUUGGUGAGCAUAAAAAUACUUCUUUCAAAAACAAAUCUUACAGCCCCCAUACUUUUGAAUGAAAGUGUUUUAAAUAUAAUUUUUAUACUGUAUAUAUUUUGAUAAUUAUGUAAUUUAUGUAAUGGUGUAAUUUGUCAUAAUAUAUUAUUUUUUUUCACCAUUACAUGAAUAUCAUUACAAAUAUUAUAGAAAUGAUUGUAUUAUUUACAGCAUCAGUUCAUGUUAUAUUGUCAGCAAAAUAAAAACAAAUAUACUGUAAAUAUUUAAUAUAUCACAUGGUCCUAAAUUGAGUGCUGUAGGGUUGACAUCAAAACCUGCAAGACAAAAUUCGCCAGUGGUUUCCUCGAGAUUUUCCAAUCAGUUUUUAUAAUAGGGGUGUUAAAAUUAUGAGUAAAAUAAGGUCUGUGGCAAACAUAACUUGACCUUACUUGGACGUUUUGUUCUACAAUGUAAAUGAGACACACCCAUAUCAAAAAUAUGAAUUUUGCUUAUUUAAAAAAAAAAAAAACUACUGUAGAUAAGAACGUUUGGUGUGUGAGUGUGUGCAGUUUACGCUGUAGAACAAAACGUCCAAGUUUAAUCAAGUCCCAUUCACCACAGACCUUAUUUUACUCAAACUGAAAAACCCCAUUAUAAAAUGGGAAAAUCCUUGGGAAAAUCUCAAGGCAAAAAAAAAAAAGCAAUUUUGUUUAGUUUUCUCCCCCUGCCAUACCAAACCGUAAGCGAGGUACGUACCAAACCGUCAGUUUUCUGUAUCGUUACACCCCUAAUAUAAACUAGAAAAAGUCACAUCUGCUCCAAAAAACAGGCCAUAGAUCAAAGUUUGUCUAGUUGACUUCAGCAGUUAUUCCCUGCUGGUAGAUGCUGUAACUACACACUUAUAGGAGCAAAAAGCAUCUUUCUUCAACUAAUAUAGCACUAGCGAAGGCCAGGGUGUGUUCUUGUGUUACUAUUGUCAUAUAUACUUCCAGUAAUUCAAGCUCCCAUUGAAAUGAGCGGGAAUGUUUGGUGCUUCUAUUGCUGCAGAAAUGACACACUUCCUCUUUAAAUGUCAUUUAAUCAAUUACUUGUGUUUGUUAAGAGAAGAUUCCCUCAUGUCUGUUUUUAUUUUGUUUGUGCGAUUUGUUGUCCUCUCCUAUGUUACUUGAGACAGAGUUGACGUAUUUCCACAGCUUGUUGUCAUCAGUACACGUGUAAUUAUAGCUGCAUGAAAUCUCACCUGUAAGCAUACAAGUUCCCACUCAGUAUUUCAGAAUGGCUCAGUGCCUCUCAGGUCUCUCUUCAACACGCUAGAAAGCCAUUCGCACACGUGCCUUCCCUACGUCUGCCUCGGUCGAGAGCUUGUAGCAAACACUUUCCACAAAACCUCAAGACUUCUAUCACAUCCUGAACUGUGAAACCUGUCUUAUUUCAUCCUUUCCUGUACCCGUUUCACUGAUAUUGCACUUGAAACAGCUUAAACGAUCCAGUUAGAGAUCUGUGCCCACCCUCUUCACUUCUGCAUCGCAGCGGAUCCAUCAGUGGUUACGAAUUCAUUUUUGUAAAUGAACUGCGAUUUGUUCUAGAUCGUGUCUUAAGCCAAAACUUCAUCUUUCUGCAUUCUCGUCUUUGCAUUUUUAAAAAGAAAUCUCUCAAAAAUGGUCCUUCGUAUGUGUAAAUAUUUUGUAGGAAUAUGCAAUCUGUUAUAUAAUUUCUAUAAUGCAUAAAUUCUGAAUUAUAAUCUAUAUAUAAUCUGUGAAAGGUGUAAAGUGAAAGGUUAUGCAUCAUAAAAGCUAAAAUAAAAAUGACAAAAUUAUGCUGAAGUUAUAUAGGAAAUAUAAUCGUUUUGAUUAUGUUCAAGCUGAAAUAUGACUUUUUGUAUUAUGCAUUUCUUUAUAUAAAUAUAUAUAACAUGAGAAAUAGUGUAUUUAUGUGCACCACUUUUGUUUACUGCAUAUUUCACCAAUGGAGCGAUUGAUUCUAGUUCUAUAUUUCUGUUAUCAAUGUUUGACAUGCAUCUUGAUGACUGAAGACUGGCAGGAUAGCGUGUAUUUGUUUACAUUUUUAUAGUUAUGAAUGUUAUCAUUACAUUUCGUUUCAUGUACGAGACUUGUAUGUUCGAUAUAAACACAGUUACUGCUCCAUGUGAAUGUGACGUGUAUUGAGAGAAAUGAAUUCUAGGUAUAUUAUGAAUUUAUAUGAAACAAAUAUCAAAAUAGCAUAAAACAUAAAUCAAUAGCUUUUAUAUGCAUCAUACUUGUAGUCUGUGAGUCAAACUGCAUGCGAGAGUUCAAGCUAAAAGAAUAAACUCAUCACAUACUGUA